CCAAUUCAAUGCUAAAACUUGGUAGAAACGUAUUGAUUUUCAAUGACGCCAAUAAGCGCAUUCCCGGACCGUCACCGCCCUCUGAUAAUCGCCUCCCAUUGGCUAUGGGUUAUUAUUCUUCUGCAUCUUUCGCGAUAGAUUCAUCCAGCCCGAUUGUUCCUCCUGCGCCCUUGUUUCCUUUUCAAUCUCUCGCGUCCUCUUAAGUUCUUUCAAAUUUCCUGAUCUGAUGGAUGGGUCUAACCACCGCUCCAAACGCCGUCGACUAGAUAGGUCCCCAAGCCGAGAAAAUGGGUAUAUCCAGUCGCCCGUGGAGUCUUCAUCCGACGAACUCGCCGCGGGCUCCGAGCACGACGAAGCAGAACGGCGUCGCGCAAGUUGGUCCUUACAAAAAGUAUACCCCCCAAAGCGUCCAAAUACGCGCCUGCGCAGUUUCAGCGGCUCCGAAAGCCCAGAUGAGCUGGCGGUAGACGCUGACGUGUACUGGCGCUCCCGCAACCGGGGCCGCAGCUCAUCGCCCUCCGAAGUUAGCGCGGGGCCCUCAUCGGAACACUACCAAGACGAGGAAGUAGACGGCGACGGGGGCGACAAUGAAACCCCUAGAGAAGGAGAUGUAGAGCCCGAUCAACCAUACUCAGAUCGGUCACCCACGCCUGUACCUCCGCCUCCGCCGCCGCCGCCGCCAAAACCGGACAAGAUCAAUUAUGAACAAAAGUUUCUGUUACGAGGUCACUUGCGGGGAGUUUCCACUGUGCGGUUUUCGCCGGAUUCGUCCAUGAUUGCCAGCGGAGGUGCCGACGGAGCUGUCAAGGUGUGGGAUACGUUGACCGGAAGGCUCGUUCAUACAUUCGAGGGCCAUUUGGCAGGCAUUUCAACUCUCUCUUGGAGUCCGGACGGCGCUACCAUCGCUUCUGGGUCGGAUGACAAGACCAUCCGUCUGUGGAAUGUGUUGACGGGCAAAGCACAUCCAAUCCCUUUUGUUGGCCAUCAUAACUACGUCUACCAGAUUGCUUUCUCGCCAAAAGGCAACAUGCUUGUCAGCGGUUCUUACGAUGAAGCAGUAUUUCUCUGGGAUGUGCGCUCCGCUACCGUAAUGCGGUCCCUCCCCGCACACUCCGAUCCAGUCGGCGGGAUCGACGUCGUCUGGGAUGGCACCCUAGUCGUAUCAUGCGCAACGGAUGGCCUGAUUCGAAUCUGGGAUACGGCGACGGGCCAGUGUCUGCGAACGCUGGUCCACGAGGACAACCCCCCAGUCACAUCGGUCAAGUUUUCACCCAAUGGCAAGUUUGUCCUAGCCUGGUCGCUGGACGACUGCGUACGGCUUUGGAACUACGUUGAAGGGCGCUGCAUCAAGACUUACCAGGGUCACGUCAACCGAAAAUACAGCCUGUCGGGUGGAUUUGGCACAUUCGGCGUGCGGGGAGCACCACCCCAUGCAUUUGCUGUGAGCGGGAGCGAGGAUGGGGCUGUUCUGUGCUGGGAUGUAGUGAGCAAAAAGGCCCUGCAACGGAUUGAAGGCCAUUCAGGCGUGGUAUUAGGUGUUGAUACUUGUACGCUGGGCGACAAGCGAUUAAUGGUGAGCUGUGGAAUCGACGGGACCGUGCGGGUGUACGAGGAGGUCGAAGAAGUUGGGGAGAAUGAAGCCGCUGAGAAAGAGACUCCACCAGAAACCAACGGCAUCGUGACAAAUGGGAUCGAAUCCAAUGGGAUAGGCCAGAAUGAGAUGGAAGGACAUAAUACCAGUCAACAGCAGGACACUGGAGAUACCCAAGAACCUCAGGACAAGGAAAUGGCUGAUGCUGAUACCGGACCGGAGGUAUGAUUUGAAUUGCUCAUUAACCUCAACUUCUACGCUGUGUAUUUUACAUAUUCUACAUCGGUCGGCGUUUGGCUGGAUACAUUGUACUGUAUAAUAG